UUGCUCCUCCCCUCCUGCCCCACCCUGCAUCCCUCUCGCGGCGGGCUCCAGGCUCCUCAGCCUUGGGAUUGACGUUUCGUUCUGUUCUGUCCCUCCGACCCUCAGCAGAAACCCUUCCAUUCGCCCACCAGCGCCAAGCAGCUGGCUGGGGCACCCACUAGGAGUUCACCUGCAGGUUUCCCUAGAUGAUGAAUAAGCAUUCCUGCUGCCUGAAGAACAUCUGUGGAAACCUUGACCAUGGCAUCAAUAUCAGAACCUGUAACAUUCCGAGAAUUCUGCCCUUUGUACUAUCUCCUCAAUGCCAUUCCCACAAAGAUCCAGAGGGGCUUUCGCUCUAUUCUGGUCUACCUCACAGCCCUGGAUGCCAACGGGGACUACAUUGCGGUGGGCAGCAGCAUCGGCAUGCUCUACUUGUACUGUCGGCACCUCAACCAGAUGAAGAAGUACAACUUUGAAGGAAAGACAGAGUCUAUCACUGUGGUGAAGCUGCUGAGCUGCUUUGAUGACCUUGUGGCAGCAGGCACAGCCUCUGGGAGGGUUGCUGUUUUCCAGCUCGUGUCUUCCUUGCCGGGGAGGAACAAGCAGCUUCGGAGAUUUGAUGUCACUGGUGUUCACAAAACCAGCAUUACAGCUCUGGCUUGGAGCCCCAAUGGGAUGAAGCUGUUCUCCGGAGAUGACAAGGGGAAGAUCGUCUACUCCUCUCUCGAUCUAGACCAGGGUAUCUGCAACUCACACCUUGUGUUGGAGGAGCCGUCUUCCAUUGUGCAGCUGGAUUACAGCCAGAAAGUGCUGCUCGUAUCUACCUUGCAGAGGAGCCUGCUCUUUUACACCGAGGAAAAGGCUGUCAAGCAGAUUGGAUCCCAGCCAAGGAAGAGUACUGGGAAAUUUGGUGCUUGUUUUAUACCAGGACUGUGUAAGCAAAGUGACCUAACCCUGUAUGCAGCCCGGCCUGGGCUCCGGCUGUGGAAGGCUGAUGUCCAUGGGACCGUUCAAGCCACGUUUAUCCUCAAGGAUGUCUUUGCUGGAGGAGUCACACCUUUUGAGCUCUACCCUCGUCUGGAGCCCUCUGAUGGGGGAAGUUGCAGCUCUCCUGAGAAACACCUGGGGCUCGUUUCAUGCUUCUUCCGGGAAGGCUGGGUGUUGAGCUGGAAUGAGUACAGUAUCUAUCUUCUGGACACCGUCAACCAGGCUACCAUUGCUGGUUUGGAAGGACUGGGUGAUAUUGUGUCUGUUUCCUGCACAGAAAAUGAAAUAUUUUUCCUAAAGGGAGAUAGGAACAUUAUAAGGAUUUCAAGCAGGCCUGAAGGACUGGCAUCCAUAGCAAGAGAUGGUCUGGAGACGCGAUGUUCAGAGCAGGUCCGUGGGCAGCAUUUGGAAAAGUCACUUGCGGACACUGUUUGUGAGACAAGGCUUCGAGGCUCUUCUGUGGCCAGUUCUGUGGCCAGUGAGCAGCGGAGCAGGAGCAGUUCAUUCAACUCCACGGACAGUGGCUCUGGGCUGCUGUUGCCCGGACUUCAGGCCCCCCCUGAGCUGGACCAGGGUGGCCAGCCAUCCUCACAGAGAUUCAGUGUUAUCAGCUCUGAAGACUUUGACCAGGAGCUUAUUGUGAAACCCAUCAAAGUGAAGAAGAGGAGGAGGAAGAGAAAGACAGAAGGUGGAACCAAGAGCACCUGCCAAAGUUCCCUCGAGUCAACUCCCUGCUCCGAGUUCCCUGGUGAGAGCCCCCAGUCCUUGAACACAGACCUCUUGUCCAUGACCUCUAGUGCUCUGGGCAGUAGUGUGGAUCAGUUGAGCACAGGAUCUCCAGACCAGGAGAGCAACCCCAGUGCUGAGGUGAAUGGGAUCAUUCAGGAAGACAGUGGCCCGGAAGGAUUCAGUGUUCUGGAGGUUCCUGAAUCUGCCUCUGACCCAGUGGAUGAAGAAAACGGUACUGGAAAGGAAAUUUACCAGUGUGACCACACACAGGACAUGGGCCUGCUCAAUGGAGUGUUGAAUUUACCCUUUCAGCCAGGGGAAGAUGGGGGUGGUGAUGACAUCGUCUCAGGACCCGAAGAGGAGCCUGGUGCUGCGGAUGGUGUACAUGCACAGGUGUGCCUGCGGAAACAGGAGGUGAGCGCCGUGGAGCUCAGUGACCCCCAGAGCACUUUUCCUGAAGCUCCUCUUCUGGACUCAUUCACAGUACCUUCCAGCCUCAGCUGGCCCCCAGGUGCUGAGCAGUGGCUGCCUGGGCUUGGAGUUUAUGAAGUUAGCACUGAGGAGGCCAGCCCAAACCCAGACAUCCUGGCCCAUGUGGACGUCCCUAGCCACCCAAGCUCAAAUCCUUGGCAUGUAGUCACCAAUAAUGAUACAGAUCACAAAGAAAUACCUACUUCUGAAUGUGACAUAGGAAAUGUGGAAGGACAGGUGAUUCCUCUUGUCUCUGCCUUGGUGGCCAGCACCCAUGAGCAUUGGCUGGACAAAUCUUUCCAGGACCAGGCCGUGACAUCCAGUGAUGAGGAAGACAUUUAUGCCCAUGGACUUCCAUCUUCAUCCUCAGAGACGAGUGUGGCAGACCUUGGAGCUGGUCGCUCUCUGCAGGACCUGAGCCAACCAGGGACUGAUGACACCACACUGCUCAAGACAGAUCAGUUUGCAGAGAGCUGGAUGGGCUACUCGGGUCCUGGCUAUGGCAUCCUCAGCUUGGCGGUCUCAGAAAAGUUUAUCUGGUGUCUGGACUACAAAGGUGGCCUAUUCUGCAGUGCCCUUCCUGGUGCAGGGCUGCGCUGGCAGAGGUUUGAAGAUGCUGUCCAGCAGGUGGCAGUCUCUCCCUCAGGAGCCCUUCUCUGGAAGAUUGAACAGAAAUCUAACCGUGCUUUUGCUUGUGGCAAAGUGACCAUCAAGGGAAAGCGGCACUGGUACGAGGCUCUGCCCCAGGCUGUGUUUGUGGCCCUGAGUGAUGACACAGCCUGGAUCAUCAGGACCAAUGGAGAUCUGUACCUUCAGACAGGUCUCAGUGUGGAUCGGCCCUGUGCCCGAGCUGUGAGGGUUGACUGCCCCUACCCGCUGUCCCAGAUCACUGCCCGGAACAAUGUGGUGUGGGCACUGACGGAGCAGAGGGCCCUCCUGUACCGGGAGGGCGUGAGUAGCUUCUGUCCUGAAGGGGAACAGUGGAAGUGUGAUAUUGUCAGUGAAAGGCAAACUCUGGAGCCUGUCUGCAUAACUCUCGGGGAUCAGCAUACUCUCUGGGCAUUGGACAUUCAUGGAAAGCUUUGGUUCAGAACUGGAGUGAUUCCCAAGAAGCCUCAAGGGGAUGAUGACCAUUGGUGGCAGGUGAGCAUCACGGACUAUGUGGUGUUUGACCAGUGCAGCUUGUUCCAGACCAUCAUGCAUGCCACACACUCAGUAGCGACAGCAGCGCAAGCCCCUGUGGAAAAGGUAGCAGAUAAGUUGCGCAUGGCAUUUUGGUCUCAGCAGCUUCAGUGCCAGCCCAGCCUACUAGGGGUUAACAACAGUGGUGUCUGGAUCUCCUCAGGCAAGAAUGAAUUCCAUGUUGCUAAAGGAAGUCUCAUAGGAACUUACUGGAAUAACGUUGUUCCCCGGGGAACAGCUUCAGCCACAAAAUGGGCCUUUGUGUUGGCUUCUCCUGCUCCUACCCAGGAUGGAAGCUCCUUGUGGCUGUGCCAGAGCAGCAAGGACCUGUGUAGCAUCAGUGCCCAGAGUGUGCAGUGCCGCCCCUCCACAGUGCAGUUGCCUCCCGACGCCGAGAUGAGGACCUACGCUGCAUGCCAGGAUGCUCUGUGGGCCUUGGACAACCUUGGGCAGGUGUUCAUCAGGACGCUUUCUAAGAGCUGCCCCACAGGCAUGCACUGGACGAAACUGGACCUUACCCAGCUAGGAACUGUAAAACUGACCAGUUUGGCAUGUGGAAAUCAGCACAUCUGGGCCUGUGACUCCAAGGGUGGAGUUUACUUCCGUGUUGGAACCCAGCCUCUGAAUCCCAGUCUGAUGCUUCCAGCCUGGAUCAUGAUUGAGCCACCUGUCCAGCCUGCUGGGGUCACCUUGGUCAGCGUCCAUUCUAGCCCCAAUGACCAGAUGCUGUGGGCCCUGGAUAGCCGAUGGAAUGUGCACGUGCGAACUGGGAUCACUGAGGAGAUGCCUGUGGGGACAGACUGGGAGCAUGUGCCAGGGUUACAGGCCUGCCAGUUGGCAUUGAGCACCAGGACCGUGUGGGCCCGCUGUCCAAAUGGUGACCUCGCCCGCCGCUAUGGAAUCACAGACAAAAACCCUGCAGGGGACUACUGGAAGAAAAUUCCUGGAAGUGUCUCAUGUUUCACAGUGACCUCAUCAGACGAGCUGUGGGCAGUGGGCUCCCCUGGCUAUCUUCUCCAGCGACUGACAAAGACGUUCAGCCAUUCACACAGUACCCAGAAGAACAGCCAGGCAGUCACCUCCCACCCUGAGGACCUGGAGGACGAGUGGGAGGUCAUCUGAAGGAGCCCCAGGCAGCCAGUCAGGGAGGAGCUGAGGCUCUGUGAAGGACGCUGCUGAUUCCCAGUGGCUCGCUUAUGGGUAUGCCUCUUCCACCAGUCUGGACACCCCACACGGGCUUUCAUCUGUAUUUGUUUCCGCCUCAUCCAGAACUCACAGCCUCAGCUGUGCACCGGAGGUGUCGCUGGAGCAGCAGCACCUUUGACAGCUUGCCAAGGUCACCUCCAAGUGGGCGCAGUGGCCGCUGCUGCUCCGUUGCAUGCACUAGUUACCUGUGCACCACAGUAAAUUCUCUCAGCAACUCCAGAUCCUGGUGUGGGGCCAACAGGGACACCGCCACAGGCAGAUGAGUCAAAGCCAGGAAGAGUCGGGCACAUGUCCUUACCAGAACCCAGGCCAAAGAGGCCUGCACACAGAGCUCGCAGCCAUUAGAUGUGUCUGGUGACAGUGUUGACUUCCUCACAGGGUCCCUCACAUCUCUCCGAGAGAUACAGGCCACAGUGUACAUCCCACACCAGACAUCCCGGUGGGAAGUACCCGUCCAGGAUAGGGGUACUGGACUGUGCAGGGUAAGGGUAUACACGCACACACCCUCGCCUCAUCAUGUUGCCCACACUCAGGGUAGCUGCCCACCUCCUGCCCACAUGGUCCAUUUAGUCCAGCACAGGGUGCUGGUCAGACUUGGGGCUGAACUAAUCUGGAGACAUCUUGGGGAAGACUUUGACUAGGAUGUUAGUGGGCACCCUAAACCAGGCACCUCCAGAAGAUGUAGUGAUCACCUCUCAUUACCAUGUCGCAGACCUGAAUAAGAUACCUCAUCUGAGAUGCAACCUCCAAACAGAAGAUGGGUCUAUCUUCUGGAAACAGUGAAGGUCUUUUGUUCCUUCAGGAGGUUUAUCCUAAGUCCACCUUGGCGUGGCCAUCCCCUAUCAUGUCCUCAAUCCAAGAGUAGCCAGUGUCCAGUGGGCAUAGCAUUGACUUCCCCAGCAGGUGGAAACAGUGCCUCCUGCUCACAGGUGCCAUGUUCCAAUCACAGCUAGGACAGCAGCAUUCCUUCCUCAGGCAUCUGAGCUUCAGGGCAGGCUGUCCACUGUGUGUCCUUCCCUGAGCCUGCUGCCCCCACCCAGGAGGUCCCUGUCACUAUUCCACACUGGCUGCCUUUUUUUAGUCCGCCUGGUCCGGGCAGUUACUUGAUGUCUGUUUUCCGCUAAGCACCAGGUCAAGGCCCUAGCAAUCAUGAAGCAGAGGCUCCAGGUUUGAUCAGUGACGAGCUGCUGAGAGCCCUGGUUGCACUUAGUUAUAGACUUUGCUGACAGCAGAGGCAGCCCCACCUGGGCUGCACCUCUUCUGUGAACAGCGUGCCUUGCCUGGCCCCUCACAAUGGCAGCAGCCCCCUAAGCCCACGGGACAAUAGUGCAAUUAAACCCAAGUUAAACAGACACUUUUAAACUACUUUGAGCUUCUGUGCUUUAUAUGAUUUUCUUUUUGGUUUUGUUGUGUUGUGCUUUGAGAUCAUGCAGAAUCUUAGACAUUUCUCAAAUGUUGAGUAUAGUGACUGAGCGGGGAGGCCUGUAGAAGCCCAGCCCAGCCACACUGCAGCAGAGCCCCUCUGCCUGGUCUCAGAACCUAGAUGGUGUUGAGCCAGUUUCCCCGGGUGGUAUAGUGGGCAGUGGCUAUUCCACAGAUGGACACACCCACUGGCAGCCCUAGAGAGAUGCCCCCAAAGAAGGCAGAACGAAGGGCUGUCCUCGGAUAUCAGCCUUUUGUUGUUGUUUUGAGACAGUUUUAUGAGGCCCAGGCUGGCCUCCAAUUCACUAUUUAGCUAGCCACAGAUUGCUUUUUCUAAUCCUCCUGCCUCCACCUUUCAGUUCUAGGAUUACAGGUGUGCACCACCAUGUCCUGCUAAGAUGUCAGACUCCAUGCAAUGGAGUCUUUGAGACUUUGAGAAUCCCCACUGGGAUCUCUCUGUUAGACAGGGGAAUUCUUAAAAUCAUGGUAGUACCCACAUAGACCCCGAUUUACUGCUCAGGUCUCCUAGCUUGUCCCCUCCCAGGAAGGAGAGCAUGGUUAGCCAGUGAGUCUUAGAGAGGCUGGGUACCUUAUUCACAAUCACACAGUGAACAUGGGUCAGGACCUAGCUUGGCGAAUCUGCUGACCAGGCAGCACCGUGCAGUCAGUAUCGGCUUCUGUAGGCACUGCAGGUGGAAGGAGACAACUGCACAGCUGCUGUGCCUACUGUUUCCACUUACUUAGCACAGGAAACCCGCCUUUGCCUUCCAGAGGGCAAGUGCUUUGUACACCCAAAUGCUGGGACAACCACACAAAACCCAUAUGGAGAUCUUUACAUAUCAAAGUGUAGAACCUGUAAGUCAGAAAUCCGUGUGGGGCUGGAAAUGUGGCUUAGUAGUGAUGAACUGAGUGUGCACACCACAGCACAGACCAGAAACCCUACAGGGACCCAGAGCGUGCCUGCAUUCCGGCACUCAGCAGUUGUCAAGACUGCCACAGCUUCCAGACCAUCCUGGACCACACAGUAACAGACUGUCUCAAAAACACUAAACUUAAAAGUUAACAAACUUAGAAAGGGACAUGACCGCCACAAGUGUGGUCCCCACGUUGAAUGUUCACUGCAGGAACUUGUCUUAACCCGUAGGCACAAACUUUUCUGGGAAAGCCUCUGAAGGGUCUUUGAACCAAAAGCCUCACUUUGGCCUCCUCUGAGCUGUCGAGAACCGUCAGCUGGGACGUGUGUCUAUAGCCCUGGCCGGGCACGCUGCUGCCCCAGGUUCAGUACUCAGAAUGUCAACGAAUAAUAAAACAGAGGAGGUGACACUGUCCGUGGACUUGAACACAGGCUUGUAAGGCCACAGGAUGUAUGCCAGCAGGGCAUCUCACGGUGAAACUCUUCUAACCUGUCAGUACAGCAUGGUUUGCAGAGAGAGGAGGACACUGUGGUGGGGGUGCUUCUUGUGCCUCGCCCUUCAGGAGGGGCAGAGACAAGUUCUCACUUGGGACAAGCAGCUGGCCAGUGAUUGUUUCCAAGUCUGUGUCUUUUUUAUCCUUUGAAUGUUGAGCCAUGUAAAUGUAUUAUUUAUUUCAAAACUAAAUAAAAUUUACAUUUUAGAA